GCACAGCAAGCAGUCGCACCGUCGUAGUAUUUCCACCAAAAUGGGCGACGGUAGUGUGUUUGUACUAGAUAAUGGUGCUUUCUACGCCAAGCUGGGAUUGUCGGAUGAAAAGGAACCAAAAACGAUACUCAACUGCAUUACGAAAGCCAAGUCGGAGAGGCGUCGCCCAUUCAUCGGCAACCAGAUCGAAGAGUGCCGCGAUGUGUCUGGCUUGUUUUACAUCCUGUCCUUCCAGCGUGGCUUUCUGGUGAACUGGGAUGUGCAGAAGACGGUUUGGGAUUACUUCUUCGGCCCGGACUGCUAUCCGAUGCAGUUCUCCGAGACGCCGCUCCUGAUCACGGAACCACUGUUUAACUUUGGCUCGAUCCAGGAAGCGAUGCUGGAAAUCCUUUACGAAGAGUACGAUUGUGAUGCCGUGUGUAAAGCGACGGCCGUCGAUUUGGCCUCUUUUAAUUACACGCACGGACCGGAAACGGCGGAGCGCAAGAAACCGUUGUGCUGUGUGGUGGUUGAGACGGGUUUCAGCUUCACGCACGUCGUGCCCUUCAUCAAGGGCUCCAAAGUGAAGGACGCAAUCCGACGGAUCGACGUCGGGGGUAAAGUUUUGACGAACCAUCUGAAGGAGAUCAUCUCGUACCGGCAGCUGAACGUGAUGGACGAGUCGCACGUCAUCAAUCAGGUCAAGGAGGACAGCUGCUUCGUGUCACAGAACUUUGGCGAAGACAUGCGGGUAGCACGCAAACGCUUUCCCGACAACACCAUCGUGCGGGACUACAUGCUGCCGGAUUACACGCAGAUUCGGCGGGGCUAUCUGCGGAAACCGAACGAACAGUCAUCGGCGGCCGAUGGCAGCGAGGAACUGCAAACGCUGCGGUUGGGCAACGAGCGUUUCGUGAUACCGGAAAUACUGUUUCACCCAUCGGACGUGGGCAUCCAGCAGAUGGGCAUCCCGGAAGCGAUCGUCGAUGCGAUCAACGCGUGUCCGGAAGAGACACGGCCGCAUCUGUUCGCAAACAUUGUCGUGUGCGGUGGUUGUGCCCUGUUUGCCGGAAUGCAGUCACGCGUGCAGAAGGACGUCCGAGCGUUGGCUCCGGAUGAGUACGAGGUCAACGUGAUGGUGCCGAAAAACCCCCUUACGUACGCCUGGCAUGGUGGCAAACAGUAUUCGCAGUCGCUCAGCUUCCUGAAGUCGUGCAUGAGCCGCGGCCAGUACGAAGAGUACGGCGUGAAGCAUCUGGUGGAGAAGUACGAGAGCUAGCGGCGGGUGAAACGAUAACAGGCGCCAGCCAGCACGCGGUCCCAGUUAUCAGGUGAACAGUGGGACGCAAGAGAAUUCCGAUUUGUGUGGGACGCCCGAGGUUUCUAACAUGUUGGAUUUGGGGGUUUUCUCCGUCGUCGAGAAGGCGGGUUCUACCGAUACCACCUGAUGGUAGAGCGCCUUUCAGCGUGAGACAAAUGCGCACUCGUCGAAACAGGGAAUCGAUCGGAAACGAACCGUAUCAGAAGGUUGGGGAACCCGAUACGAUACAAACUGAGAGUGAAAGUGUGAACUAUUAAAUAACGAUAUUUUCCUUU